UUCCGAUGCCACUCGUCCCGCGUUCUUUCUGUCCCCUUGAUCAAGAAAUUCAAUUUGCGAAUCUCCGUCCACCGACUCAACCGUCCCAGCUCCAACACAUUCAUCCUGCGUAUUUUGCCGCUCGGGUUUCCAAUCACCACUGCCUUCCAAUCCGCUCCACGCCCAUCCUUGCCCUUGAAGUCGGAAAACGUGGCAGUGUUGCGCCGCGUGCCAAAUGUAUGGUUCGGUAUGACCUGAGUCUGCCUGAAUCGCGUGAGGACCAGUGUGAGCAAGAUUGUCAGAAACAAUAGAAUGCCUGCCGUCACUCCAGUCGCCGCUUGCGCUCCAAUAUUUCGUGUCAUGACACCGCCAACCUGCGUCGCGAUUGCCGCGCCGAUAAAACUCAGUGUUUGGCUGGCAAAGAUGCCUGCCGACACUCGUGGGAACGAAGACACCGCUGCGAAAACAAUAGGAACAGCAAAAGGAUAGGGAUUUCCCGCACUCGACACUGUAUAUCCCAACCCUACAAGAGGCAGCGUGAGCGUGAAGAUGAUGCGACGCACAAAAUGGCUGGACCAGGUGACUUGUUUUUCGAAUGUCAUGGAGUCGGUCCGAAACGGCUUUUUGCGCGAGCGUGAAAAGAUGCCCGCUUUUGUCAACGGGACAGCAAGCAUAGCCCCGAUCGCGAUGGCCAGCACACCCAAUCCGACAAAUCGAGGUCUCCAUUUGUAGUCUGUUGAAAGCAGCGCACCGAGCAGAACAAUCACUAACACAAUUUGCGCAUAGAUCCAGCCCAGGUACAGCGCCAAAACGAGAAACCCGGGCUGGCCGAUCAUCAUGGUUGUGAGCUUUAAGCCAGCCCACACUUCCUCGAACCAAUAAACAGGGCCUUCGGUCGAGAUGUGCAGCUUGAUCUCGCCACGGGCAACUCGCCGCGUGAUGUAGUUCUCGUCCCGGUCGUAGACUUCUGUGACCGACCGGCGGAACGCAGAGCGGCGUGUCUCGGGCGCCACGACAUUGAGCACAAGAGCAGCUGCCAGUAUGAUGAUGACUACAUAGAAGCCCCAGUCCGGCGUGGAGUUGUUGAUGAUUGCAGCCCCGACCUGGAAACCAACCGCCAGACUGCCAAUAGAACACCAAGACCAUAUCCCCAACCACAUGCCCAAUCCACCCCCAUGCCUGCGAGGAUCACUCCCGACCGUGAACUCUUGAUGUGGGUGCUUCGACUGAAGUGACGCGCCGAAUAAGUCAAGCAGAAUGGCGAUAUAAUUAACAUUGGCAAAGCCUAGAACAAGUCCCGAGAAGCCGCGAGUCAACAACAGGCCUUUGAUGUAUCCAAUAUCGUUUGGUGACCGCUUUGCGCUAAUGACAAGUGCCUGCGGGAAUUGAAGUGGCAUAGCAAGCAUGAGAGAUGCUAGUAUGUACGGUUUGCGGCCAUGGAGUAGGGGAAGAGGCCACGCCACCAGCGUAGACACCGCGAGGCCGGAAUAGAGACUGAUAAAAUGAGCUAUUAUCUGAUAGAUCAACGGAGAAUAACGUACGCAACAUUUCCAAUGAUGACGCGAUGAUGUUCGUCUGCCAAUACGUACUGGAUGCGAGGAACUUCCCC